AUGGGCCUCAAUCAGUUUAUUGGCUGUUUCUCACCUGUGAGCAUCCACAUUGCACGAUGGCUGCCAUAUUUACCAUAAAUGGAAAAUUGUAUAAAGUUUCACCAGAUGAUGUCCCAGUUGAUACAUCGUUGAAUUCGUUUAUCAGAAACCAUGCUUAUCUCACUGGAACUAAGUUUAUGUGUCUCGAAGGAGGAUGUGGAGCAUGCAUAGUCAACAUCAAAGGAGUACAUCCUGUUACAAAGAAACUAACAACGCACUCUGUCAAUUCGUGUUUAUAUUCGGUAUUUUCUUGUCAUGGAUUAGAUGUCGUGACGGUUGAAGGAAUCGGAUCGAAGGAAGAUGGUUACCAUCCAGUCCAGCGAAGAUUAGCUUACUUCAAUGGAACGCAAUGUGGUUUUUGUUCGCCUGGAAUGGUUAUGAGCAUGUAUAGCUUGGUGGAUUCAAAGCGAAAGGAUAUUACCAUGAACGAGAUUGAAAAUAUUAUAGAUGGGAACAUUUGCCGUUGCACAGGUUAUCGACCAAUUUUAGACGCGUUUAAAUCGUUUGCCUGUGAUGUAAGCGAUAGAGUUGCAAAAAUGUGCGGGGAUAUUGAAGACAUUGGAAAGGUGUAUUGCAGUACAGCGACGAAUCAUGAUUGUAGUGCUCUGAAUUAUUUUCGCAAAAGACAUCCAUUAAAACUGAUAUUCAAGGAAGGAAAACAGUGGCAUAAAGUGUACAGUGUUGACGAAAUAUUGAAAAUCCUUGCCGAAAUUGAAAAUGAAUCGUAUAUACUUGUGGGUGGUAAUACUGGACAUGGUGUUUAUCGUAGAAAAAGCACUUUGCAGUAUUUUAUUGACGUGAGUUCAGUGGAAGAGCUAUAUUCGCAUUGGUUGGGCAGUGAGCUGAUCGUUGGAGCAAAUGUGUCAUUAACUGAAUUCAUGAGCAUUUUGUUGGAGGCAGCAUCAAAAGAUUCUCGAUUCAAAUACUGUACAGAAAUAGCAAAUCAUGUUCAAAUGAUCGCCCAUAGUGCAGUACGCAACGUUGGCUCACUAGCAGGGAAUCUGAUGCUGAAGCAACAACAUCACGAGUUUCCAUCGGAUUUAUAUAUCAUUCUUGAAACAGUAGGAGCUCAUCUGACAAUAAUCAACGUAAAUGGGAUGAUGAAUAAUGUCACUCCUCAGGAGCUCAUCGAAGAGGAUAUGAACAAAAAGAUUCUUACAAACAUUGUCCUACCAGCACUGGAUCCAGGCAUACAUAUUUUCAAAUCAUAUAAAGUGCAGCCAAGAGCACAAAACGCCAAAGCCUAUGUUAAUGCGGCGUUCUUGAUUAAACUUUCCAGCAACAAAGCAACAGUUAGCCAGACGUCGAUAUGCUACGGAGGAAUCCAUCCAAGCUUCACGCACGCGAUAAAGACAGAAAAAGCGCUCGUGGGAAAAUAUCUGUUCAAAAAUGAAACAAUUCAGGAAGCUCUGAAGGUGCUUGAAACUGAGAUGAUUCUGGACUGGGUGCUACCCGACCCAAACCCGGUUUUUCGGAAACAAGCUGCACUUGGACUAUUUUACAGAUUUGUACUCAGUGCAGCACCGAAAAACAGCAAAAUUGUCGAUCCACGAUUUUUAGCCGGAACGAACUCUCUAGAGCGUCCUGUCUCAUCCGGGUUUCAAUCAUUCGAUACUUACCCUAGAAAUUGGCCGUUAACGAAAAACAUUCCGAAAAUCGAAGCCCUUGCUCAGACUUCUGGGGAGGCGCAAUUUAUCAACGAUAUUCCUCAUCGCCAUAACGAGUUGCAUGCAGCAUUUGUCACGGCUAGUCAAGCUAAAUGCAAUAUCUUACGAAUCGAUGCGACGAGAGCACUGGCUCUUCCAGGCGUUGUGGCUUUCUUUUCUGCGAAUGACAUCCCCGGGCGGAAUGAUUUUAUGCCACUGAUGUAUGGAGUUAACCAUUUCUUUCCAAUUGGGGUGGAAGCAGAAGAAGUCUUGUGCAGUGGUAAAAUAGCCUAUUAUGGCCAACCAAUCGGAAUAAUUGUUGCUGAAUCAUUCGAAAUCGCCAACCAGGCAAUUUCUCUUGUUGACGCUGUAUAUAGUCAAACCGAAGGGCAAAUCUACGCGACGGUUGAAGAUGUUGUAAAGGCAGGAGCUACUGAACGUAUAAUGAGUCAACCAAAUAGCCGUACAGGUCCAAUGUUCAAAACUACUGCCGCUGAAGACAUUACCAUAAAAGGUAAAUUUUAUCUAGCUGGACAGUACCAUUAUUCUAUGGAGACUCAGAGUUGCUUGUGUAUUCCUCAAGAAGAUGGUAUGGAUGUAUACAGUUCAACCCAAUGGCCUGAUCAAGUGAGCUCGUCAAUAUCGCUAAUGCUCAAUAUAUCCCAAAAUAGGGUAAAUUACCAUUGUCGACGUGUGGGCGGUGCCUUUGGAUCCAAAAUCAGUCGCAGUGCACAGAUAUCCAGUGCAUGUGCCCUGGCCGCUUACCAUACACACCGCCCUGUCCGGUUUGUGAUGAGCAUUGAAGCUAAUAUGUCCUCAAUCGGCAAACGUCAAGGAUGCUGGAAUAAUUAUGAAGUAUCGGUAACUAAAAAGGGAAAAAUAUUGAAGUUAUCCAACACAUUUAUUCACGAUUCAGGUUGCUCACUCAAUGAACCUCUCUCAAUGUUUUAUAUGACUCAUUUUAAGAAUUGCUACGAUGAUAGUUCGUGGCGAUUGAUACCAAAGGUAGCAAUAACUGAUGUUGCAAGUAAUACUUGGCUGCGUGGACCUGGUUCUGCAGAAGCAUAUGCCUCAAUUGAAACAAUUUUCGAACACAUUGCCCAUGAAACAGGACUUGAUCCAUCUGUUGUACGACUUGAGAACAUUCCGGAAGAUAGUAAAAUACGUCAGAUGUAUGCUGAAUUUCAAAAGGAUACGGAAUUCAAGGAACGAAGGGCAGAGAUAGAGAGGAUAAACUCCGAGAAUCGUUGGCGGAAAAGAGGCAUAUCGAUGAUUCCACUAGCAUAUCAAAUAGUGUAUGGCGGUCCGUUUGACGCGUGGGUGGCAAUUCAUCACUUGGACGGUAGCGUAUCGAUAACCCACAGUGGGGUUGAAAUGGGCCAAGGAAUUAACACAAAGGCCGUUCAAGUUGCUGCGUAUGUUUUGAAAAUUCCUUUGGAAAAAAUAUCUGUCAAACCACUCAACAGCAUGACAUCACCGAAUGGUUUCAUUGCUGGUGGAAGCAAUACAACGGACAGUGUAGCAUUUGCUGUUAUGCGAGCUUGUGAAACUCUUGUCAAUCGUAUCCGACCAAUUCGUGAAACGAACCCUGCUGCAUCAUGGGAGGAGCUCGUUAGCACCUGUUUUUCGUUGAAUAUAAGUCUAGUUGCCAGACAUUUUGCCAAACAGUCUGACUUUAGCUCUUAUACAGUGUGGGCGAUGUGCUGCACUGAGUUGGAGCUGGAUGUGCUGACGGGAGCCUGUCGGUUAGCUCGAGUCGAUAUAUUGGAGGACACUGGUGAAAGUAUGAGUCCAGGAAUCGAUAUCGGUCAAAUUGAAGGUGCUUUCAUGAUGGGUGUUGGAUAUUUUCUAACGGAACACUUGGUAUAUGAUAAAUCUACGGGAGCUUUGAUAAACAACCGUACUUGGAACUACAAACCACCAAGCGCGAAAGAUAUUCCGACUGAUUUCAGAAUUAAAUUGCUUCAAAACUCAUCCAACCCUACUGGAGUACUUCGCUCGAAGGCCACAGGGGAGCCGGCCUAUAACUUGGGUGUGUCAGCUUUGUUUGCUUUAAGAUAUGCUCUGUUGGCCGCUAGGAAAGAUUCCGGACUUGGAAACAAUUGGUUAGAAUUAGGAACAUCAAUGACGAUUGAUAAAGUUUUACCACUGACUGGUAGUACGAAGGAACAAUUUAUCAUCAAUUUUUAUGAUGCAUAAUACUUUGGUGUCACGUUGAUUACAGUGUGGAUAUAAAUGAUUUUUAAAUGAAUAAAUGAAUUAAUGUUCGCACAUC